UCCCCUCUAGGCAUUUAGUUCUCAAUAAAUUGCUAAUAAUGAAUUCCGCCGCCAUUUCCGGCAGGCUCCGAUAGGUUUAUCCUUUUAGUUCCAAAAUAGGCUUUCACCAUUUGUACUUGAUUCCAAUUCAUUCCGGAAAGCAACCAUGGAUGCCCUGCCCCUGAAACUUACCUCAAUCUCGAGCCCCCUCCCUCUGUUUUUUACAAUGUAUUUCAUCCUUUACCUCAAUGCUUACUUCAUUCUUUUCCGGGCUUGGGCCCGGAAGCUCAAGCCCGAGGCUUCGAGCUGUGUCAUAUCCUUGGCUCACGGUACUCCAGCAGUAUUCUUGGCCUGUCGGGCCAUUCUCUCUGAUCCGGCCCCGAAUUUUCACUCCCCUAACACUCCGCUCCAAAACAUCGCGCUCGACUACAGCAUUGCGUAUUUCUCCAUGGAUCUUAUCCACUUCUUGAUCUUUGAGCCCUCCGGCGUUCUCUUCAUUGCCCACCAUUUGGUUUCUCUCUUUGUCUUCUUGACCUGCCGCUACGUAGCAUACCAUGGGGCGUUUACCGUUCUCAGUCUCCUGAUUUUGGCGGAGGUGACGAGUUUCUGCCAGAAUGUGUGGACUCUCGCCGGCGCAAGGAGGUCCGAUGUGGAAUUCGCCAGAAAAGUGUUCGACUUAAUGUCUCCUCCGUUUUAUGCUUUCUACUCCGUGGUCAGAGGUCUUUUAGGACCUUAUUUUGUGUACCGGAUGUGUGUGUUUUUUGGGAAUGGAUCGGCGGAUGAUGUGAUACCGACAUGGGUUUGGGUUUCAUGGGUUUUGGUCGCAGUGAUGAUAAUUUUUGUUAGUGUAUUGUGGAUUUCCAAUCUUUGGAUGAAGUUCUAUAGUGAAAGGAGCAACAAAGCUGAAAGGAAAAUUCAAUAGAAGUCAAAAAAGAAUUAAGUCAACUAUUAUCUUUGAAGGUUUUAAUGCAUUCAUGUAAUGUUUCAAAGGUAACUGAAAGUCGUAGGUGUUCUCCUGUCUUGCGAUGAGAUUGAAUUAUAAUUCAUGAAUCUGUUACAGUAUUCUCUCUCAAUCAUAGAACGAUAUUUGCACCACCAACUUUUGGUGGAACAGCCAUUUGCUCCGCCGCUCCCCUCCCCUCUACGCUUUUAUUUCUCAAUAAUGUCCCCGCCGCCAUUUCUUGUAGGCUUAUCUUUUCAGUACCAAAACCUUGCUUUUAAGCUCUAAUUAUUUUUUAUCCAUUUCUUUCUGAAUAGCAAUCAUGGAUACCCUGAAAUCGAAACUUCAUUCUUUUCCGGGCUUGGGCCUGGAAGCUCCAGACUGAAGCUUCCAGCUGUGUCAUAUCCCUGGCUCACGGCUCUCCAGCAGUGUUCUUGGCCUGUCGAGCUCUCCUCUCCAAUCCGGGCCUGGAUUUCACUCCCCCAACACUCCCCUCCAAAACAUCGCGCUCGACUACACAUUGCGUAUUUCUCCAUGGAUCUUCUCCACUUCUUAAUCUUUGAACCCUCUGGCGUUCUCCUCUUCAUCGCCCACCAUUUGAUUUCUCUCUUUGGCUUCUUGACCUGCCUGUAGCACCCCCUUCGCUACGAGGGCUAUAUUUCCCCUAAACGUCAUACUUAUAAUAAUCCCUGUAUUUAUAAACAUAAAUGCACCUGAUAAUUUAACACAUAUGUAUACAUAACCCCAACGUCAUAACAAACGUAAUCAACCUACACAUCAUAUAUGCACAUCAAACACUACAAGUAAUCCAUCAUAAGUAAUCUCCAUGCUUACAUUUUCUCUAUAAAACAAAAUGUGUUUUGUACUCUAACUAACAAAGAGGAUAAAACUGCAUACUGGCCCAACCUGCUUGAGUAUAGCGUAGACCUACUCUUCAACAGUCAGACACCUCA